AUGACUUUCAGUGAAGUGGUCCUGAGGCUGCUUUUCGUGACCCAGACCGGGGCUGGGGUCCUGGGGAACACCUUCCUCCUCUCAGCCUAUGCGUCUGCAUCAGGCGCCAGCCGCGCCCUGAGGCCCGUGCACGUCAUUCUCACCAACAUGGCUGUGGCCAACUUCCUGGUGCUUUCCUUCAAGGGGAUCCCCCAGGUGAUAUUUAUGUGGGGGGUGACAGACAUCCUGGGCAACACUGGAUGCAAACUUGCCUAUUAUAUCCAUCGAAUGGCCCGAGGCCUCUCGCUCUGCACCACCUGCCUCCUGAGCAGUUUCCAGGCAGUCACCAUUAGCCCCCGGACUGGUGGGUGGGUGGGGCUCAGAGAGAGAGUCUGGAAGAACGUCGGCUCUUCGUGCUUUCUAUGCUGGCUCUGCAACAUGGGGAUAAAUGUCUUUGUCCCGGUAAAUUUAAAAGCUCCUCAGCAUAGUCACAAUUCUACCGAGACACGGGACUAUGGACUGUGCUCUUCUGACGUUCCUACUACAUCUAGUGCUACAAUAAUCACAGUUCUGAUGACUUUUCCAGAUGUUGUGUUCAUGGGACUCAUGACUGUGGCCACUGUUUUCAUGGUACUUGUCCUACACAGACACCACCAGAGAAUGAGACAUAUUCACACGCUCAGAAGUUCCCACAGAUUCUCUCCUGAGGCAAAAGCCACUCAAACUGUCCUCCUCCUGGCCAUCUCCUUCAUUUUUUUUUACUUCACUAACUCUAUCCUUACAAUUUAUAAUGUUUUCUUCCACUCUCACCUCUGGCUGAUGCACCUUACCACCUUUCUGGCAGCGUGUUAUCCCACCCUCAGCCCCCUGAUACUGUUGCUUCGAGAUCCCCAAGCACCAGGAUUCUGCUCUUAA